AUGAAGUUCCUCUUAUUUUCUCUGGGUCUUUCGGGGCUUUUCUUUCUCGGUGCUUCCCUGACGAUCUCCGAAAUCAAUGGCCCUGCGCACCGGUCUCCCUAUGAGAACAAAGAUGUGACGGAUGUCACUGGCCUUGUUACCGCUAUUGGUCCUUCAGGUUUCUUUCUCAGAGAUACUACUCCCGACAGACUUAUCCAGACGUCAAAUUCCGUCUACGUCUUCACUUCCUCCUCCAUCAGCAUCCGAGGCAAUAUCGCCGUCGGUGACAUAAUCACAAUUGAUGGACGUAUCCUCGAGUAUAGGAGCAGCGAAGCGUACUUAUUCUUGACGGAGAUUAGUGCACCGAGGAACCUGCGUAAGGUGUCCAGCGGGAACAAAGUUGAGCCAGUGGUGCUCGGAAUGGAGAGGGCGCCACCGGCGUAUCAUUACUCUGCGAUAGACGAGACGGCCGGUGGAGUAUUUGCUGUGCCGAACAACCAGAGCCUGUAUUCGGUGGUCAAUGCUACAGCUGAGCAGGAUAAGUAUGGGUUGGACUUUUGGGAGAGUCUGGGCGGGGAAUUGGUUAAAAUUCCUGGGCCUGUUGUGCUUUCUAAGUCGAAUAGCUUUGGGGAUGUUUGGGUGAAUGGAGAAUGGAGGGUUACUGGGAAGAAUUCUCGAGGGGGUUUGACUAUUGUUCCCGGAUACACGGGCGCCGACGCUAACCCGGAAGCUAUCCGAAUCGGCUCCCCGCUCGACGGUACUAAAAACGAAGCGGCCAAGCUCGGCGAUAAACUAGAAGAAGUCACCGGUGUCAUCACCUAUGUGCUCGGCUUCUAUACUGUCCUCCCGCUGACCGCACUCAAGGUCAAGUCUCAUGCGGAACCGUCUCUCCCGCCGCCAACGCUGCUAAAGUCUGGCUCCACCUGCUCGGGCUUGACAUUCGGUUGCUACAAUGUCGAGAACCUCGCUCUCAGCUCAGCACACCUUCCUCAAGUCGCAGACCACAUUGUGACAUAUAUGGGCACCCCAGACUUUGUUUUCUUGCAGGAAGUCCAGGAUGAUGAUGGGUCAAAUAACUCCGGCAACGUAAGCUCGAAUCAAACGCUCGCCGCGCUAUCUGCAGCCAUAAGGGAUCGCUCCGGGGUAAGCUAUGAAUUCGCCGUUAUCGACCCCGUUGAUGGGAUGGACGGUGGUCAGCCCGGAGGAAACAUCCGAGUAGCAUACUUCUAUAAUCCGGAGUUCUUCACCGUGCGUAAUCCGAACCCAGGAUCAAGCACGGAGGCCACGGAAGUUCUUCCAGGGCUGGAGUUGAAGUUCAAUCCUGGAAGAAUCGAUCCUGUGAAUGUCGCCUGGACAAACAGCAGAAAGCCACUUGCUGCUGUGUUUGAUACCGGAGAUGGUGACAAAGUUUUUGUUAUCAACGUGCACUUUACAAGCAAAGGUGGCAGCAGUAGCAUACAAAGUGACGCCAGACCACCGGUUAACGGCGGACUCGCAGACAGACAGGCUCAAGCCGAGUCUGUCGCUUCAUUCGUCUCAAAAAUCCUCGCUGAGGACCGCACGGCAAAGAUAAUCAUUGCAGGUGACUUCAACGAAUUUACAUACGUGUCUCCAAUGCGCGCCUUCGACGGAAUAGCCUACGACCUCGACGUGGUCACUUCGACCCCAGUAGAGGAGAGGUACACUUAUCUCUUUGACAUGAACAGUCAGCAAUUAGACCACAUGUUGGUCAGUUAUGAGAUCACGCAGAGGGAUCCGGAGUACGAACAUGUACAUAUUAAUACCUGGAACACUUUAGAGGGGGAAGUGUCUGAUCAUGAUCCGAGUGUUGCAAAGUUGAACGUUUGUAAAUAA